AUGCUUUCAGACUUAGGCGCAGGAAUAAGCAACGCACUUCAGGGCUUCUUUGGGUCCAAGGAAGGCGAGAAAGAGUUGAACGAUGCCAUAAAAAAGAUAACCACGUCUCUUCUUGGAUCAAAUGUGAACACACGAGUUGUUCUAAAUGUGCGAAAGAGAAUUUUAGAAAGAUUUAAGCCGCAAGAUAUUCCAACAAAGUCAGCAAAAGAAAAAGCACUUCAGAAAAUAGUGUUUGAGGAGCUGUGCGCAAUAAUGGACUCUGGAAAGGAGCCGUUCAAGCCAAAAAAGAAAGAGGUUUCAACUGUUCUUUUUGUUGGACUGCAGGGAAGUGGAAAGACAACCACAUGCUGUAAAUAUGCCAAGUAUUAUAAACAGAGAGGCUUCAAGGUGGGGAUUGUCUGUGCAGACACCUUCAGAGCCGGGGCGUACGAGCAGGUCAAGCAGAACGUCCAGGGCAUGAACAUUGAGCUGUACAUUCCAAGUGACUCAGUCAAUCCUGCACACGUGGCGCGCGCAGGCACUGAUAAGCUGAAGGCAAGCGGGUGCAAUCUGGUCCUAGUCGAUACGAGUGGAAGGCACACCCAGGAGGGCGAGCUGUUUGAUGAAAUGGAGGAAAUUGUUGCUGCAAUUGACCCAACUGCGUCUAUAUUCGUGGUGGAUGCAUCGAUUGGGCAGACUGCUGAGAUACACGCAAGGAGCUUCAUGUCUCGUGUGAAGCUUGGAUCUGUCAUUAUCACAAAAACAGACGGAACAAAGAACAUUGGGGGCGCUCUGUGCAGCGUGGCUGAGACAAAAACCCCUGUGGCAUUCAUCGGAACAGGCGAGGGCAUGAACCACAUUGAGUCAUUCAACCCGAAGGGAUUUGUUGGCCGGCUAAUGGGUCUUGGUGACAUAUCCAGCUUUGCAGAGAAGAUUGAGGGACUUAAUAUCUCGCAGGAAAAGCAGGAGGAGCUCAUUGGAAAAAUCAAGGCAGGAGAGUUCAGCAUAGGAGACUUCUAUGACCAGUACAAGAGGAUUCUUGAACUUGGCCCCAUUGGGCAGCUUCUUUCUCUCAUUCCAGGACUGAACAGCUCAAUGUUCAACGAGAAGGAGUUCAAGAAAAUGGGAACAAUCUUCACAGCCAUGACAAAGAAAGAGCUUAAAACCAACGGAGAAGUCUUUAUUAGAUCUCUGUCCAGGCUGGUGCGUGUAGCCAAAGGAAGUGGUGUGACUCCCACACAGGUCAGAGAUGCCAUCAACACAUACAGAAUGAUGGCCCAGAUGUUCCAAAAGAUCUCCUCAAAUCCGAUGUUUGCAGGCCUUCUAGGAGGACAGAACGGGGCAAAUGACAAAAACAUAACCCCUGAUGCAGCCCGAUCCCAGAUAAACCAGCUGAAGAAGAUGAUGCCACCAGGCUUUUCCUCAAUGUUUGACCAGUUUGAUAAGUUUUUCUAG